GCGGCGGUGGCGGCGGGUUGUGUUCCGGGGCCGGCGCGACGACGAAGAAUGGGAAUCCGGUUGUCGAGACUGGCUUCGGGGGUUUCGACGACGGCGGAGUCGUCGGAGGAAGAGCGUAAGAAGAAGGAAGAGAGAGGAGUGCUCGAAGGCGAUAUGGCGACGGAUGAAAAAGACGGUUCCGGAGAAUCUUCUGUUCUAGAUUUGAUAGAGGCGGAGGGAUAUCCGAAAUACGGCGUCGCAUCGUCGCGCGGUGGGAGAAGAGAUAUGGAGGACGCGGUGGCGAUCCAUCCUUUGUUAUGCCCCGAAUAUUCUGGAUCGAGAUGGCACUACUUCGGACUGUACGACGGCCAUGGCUGCUCUCACGUGGCUACGAGGUGUAGAGAGAGGCUUCACGAGCUGGUUCAAGAGGAGCUGCUUCGUGACGGCAAGGAGGAUUGGAAUCGCACGAUGGAGCGAAGCUUCACGCGCAUGGACAAGGAGGUUGCAUUGUGCAAGGAGACCGUUACUGGCGCGAAUUGCAGGUGCGAGCUUCAGACGCCGGAUUGCGACGCCGUUGGAUCCACCGCCGUCGUCUCCGUCAUCACGCCGGAGAAAAUCGUUGUCGCUAACUGCGGCGACUCCAGAGCCGUUCUCUGCCGUAACGGAAAACCCGUCCCUCUCUCCACCGAUCACAAGCCCGAUCGCCCUGACGAGCUGGACCGAAUCCAGGCCGCGGGAGGGAGAGUCAUCUACUGGGACGGCCCGAGGGUUCUCGGAGUGUUAGCAACGUCGCGAGCCAUAGGCGACAACUACUUGAAGCCCUACGUGAUCUGCGAGCCAGAGGUAACCAUAACGGACAGGACGGACGACGACGAAUGUCUUAUCUUAGCGAGCGACGGGUUAUGGGACGUAGUGUCGAACGAAACGGCCUGCGCCGUGGCGAGCAUGUGUCUCCGCGGGAAGGUUCGGACCGGAAGGCGACGAGCCGCCGCGAGAGUGACGGAGGAGGAAGAGAAGGUGGGGUCGAGGAAUAGGCGGAGAAGUGGAGAGAUCUCGGACCAGGCGUGUGGGGUGGCGUCUGUGCUGCUGACGAGGCUGGCAUUGGCGAGGUACAGCACCGACAACGUCAGCGUUAUCGUGAUCGAUCUUAGGAGGGGGACACGUUGAUGGACACUAAUUAGUCGGAGACUUUGGGACUCUUUUUAUUGUUAUUUUUUCUCUUUGUAAAUUAUUAUUUUGUUUUUACUUCGGCCCUUGGGGGGUGAGAAGGCGAAAGCAAGCUCUCAAUUAGGAAACAUUGAUAACAGACUUAGAUCCGGUUUACGAAACCGGUGAAAACCGGUAUGGUUUGUUAUAUAAUAUUUUUAUAAUCUUGUUUUUUUUGUC